AUGGAGGAUUUUGUGGAUCACUAUAAAGUUCUAGGGUUACCCUCUGGAGAAGAAGCUCUAAAGCUUAGCGUGAACCAGAUUUCAAAAGCAUACAGGUUAAAAGCUUUGGACUUGCAUCCAGAUAAACGACCAGAUGAUCCUCAUGCUCAUGAGAAAUUUCAGAAGCUCAAGACAUCUUACGAAGUUCUCAAACACGAAAAAACCCGGAAAUUGUUUGAUUCCCUUCUUAGAAUCCAGCAUGAAAAACAAGACAAGAUAGGUUCCAAGAGGCGUAAGAUGAUGUCGGAUUUGGAGAAAAGAGAACGUUCUGCUUUUACUCCUUACGACGACGAAGAGAGUUUCUCAAGGAGGCUUAAAGAGGAAGUGGAGAGGAUACGUGCAAAAGAAGCAAAGAAGAAGAGACGUACAAACCAAGUAAAGAAGAUAGUUGUACCUCUUCAGAGAGCAGAACAAACCGAUUUACUAUCGCAGAGCAGUGCUGGUUUUCAAGCUUAUCAAGAUCAGGUUAUGCAGAGAGUGCUAAAGGCGGCUAUGAACCAGAAAACAAUGAUGGAGAUUAAGCCACACGAUCAAUAA